AUGGGCCUCCAGAGCACCAAACACUCCAAAGUCAAACAAGCUAAUAUACUGAUGUUAGGACUUGAUUCUGCUGGAAAAUCUACGUUGUUGUACAAAUUCAAGUAUAAUGAAGAUUUUCUAACAAUUCCAACAAUUGGCUUUAAUGUUGAUAUGAUUGAAACUGGCAAAGAUUUUACGUUGACAAUUUGGGAUGUUGGAGGACAACAAAAAAUGAGACAGCUUUGGUGCAACUUCCUGGAAAACGCAGAAGGAAUCAUGUAUGUUGUGGACAGCUCUGAUAAGCAACGUCUAGAAGAAUCAAAGAAAGAAUUUGAACUCAUUUUAAAGAACGAAUCUAUAAAAAACGUACCAGUUGUCGUGCUAGCAAACAAGCAGGAUUUGCCUGGAGCUUUAAAUGCUGAGGAAAUAACCAGGAGGUUCAACGUGAAGAAGCACUGCUGUGACAGAAAUUGGUACGUACAACCCUGUUGUGCAAUCACAGGAGAAGGCUUGUCAGAAGCUCUCCAAAGACUAACCGCGUUCGCAAAAAACUACAUCAGAUCAAAGGAGUUUUCUACAAGUUUUAAGGAAAAUGAAAAACUGUAAGAAUUUCUAGCGUCAGAUUUUGAUGAACAUUACUCGAAGUAUUUUGUGGGACAGACUGAAAUAUUUGCUUCUGGAGAACUCUUAUAAGUAACUAUGUAUUUAUAAAGCACUUUGACUAUUUUAAAUUAUACUGUUUUACCUGCAGAUGUUUGUGAGAUACGACUGUGCAUUAUUUUAUUAGUGACAGUAUACUCGGGGUUAUUCAGCUUAGUGUGUGUUGAAUGAUAAAAAAGGCAGAGUUGACCACCUGAAUUUUUGCAAUUGGAAACAAAAUAGAUGAACCGCGCUUAAAAUGUCUACAUCAAAUAUUUUGUCAAAAAGUAAAAUAGCCAAGUGGUUCGUUCAGCAAGAAAAGCAUGACAUAAAUUGUCAUUUUGUAAAAAGUGCCCUGUGGACAUAUUUCUCAUGUAAAAAUAUAGUCGGUUUAGAGUUUAAACUCUUAAUUAUGUAUAAAAGAACCUAAGAAUCU